GGCCGACUCCGAGUGGCCCGGGGUUGCGGGGCGGGGCGGGGCAGAGGCUUCUCCCGUGUGCGGGGCUCUGGGACGCGCGGCCGAGCGGACCCGACGCUGUGGGCAGGUGCUGCAUAUGAGCGAGUGCAGGGCAGCGAGAGCCCCAGCCGCGGUGGGGGAGGCCUCUCCAGGGAGACGUGCGUGCUGCGCUGCAACCCACAGCAGCCCCCACGACCCUUCCCCUCGCAGCCCUGCUGCAGCCGCUGGGGGAGCCAGGCGGGUGCGGGGGGCUCCUGGCAGCAGCUGCAGGGCAGGACACGGCCCUUGUGUCGUCCACCCGGGACCAGGCGCCAUGGGGGACAGGACAGCAGGCACUGCAGGAGGAGCCGGUCUGACCUCAAAGCCGAAGACUGCAGGGCAGGAGGGCAUGCCGGUCAUGCAGCCCCCUGCUCCAGCCCAGCUCGCAACAGAGACCCCCCAGCUCGCAGCAGGGCACGACCUGCCCGGCCCAGAGACCUGGCGGCAACGUUUCCGGGGCAUGGGCUACAGGGAAGCCGCGGGGCCGCGGGAGGUUUGCAGCCGCCUGCGGGAGCUAUGUGUGCUCUGGCUGGAGCCCCAGCACCGCAGCAAGGAGCAGGUGCUGGAGCUGGUGGUGCUGGAGCAGUUCCUGGCCAUCCUGCCCCCGGAGAUGCAGAGCCGGGCACGGGGUCGUGGUGUGAAGACCUGCGCCGAGGCCGUGGCCGUGGCCGAGGGGUUUCAGCCGGGUCAGGGGGAGGAUGAGACGCUGCAGGUCACAGUGAGGGUGAAGGUCGAGGAGGGGCCCUCCGAUGAGAUGCAGCCCCCAGGGGCACUGCAGGGCCCUGUUGAUUCAUGGCCAGAGCAGCCAAAGGCCCAUUGUGAGGACAGGCCUCUGGAGGAGUCAGGACAGAAGGAAAUCCCAGGGCCUCAGGACAAGCCACCUUGCGUCCCCAAAGAGCAGCCCGCCCAGGAGUCAGCAUGUGGAUCUGAACCCCAGCAUCGCUCGAGCUGCUUUCCCCGGGAGCGAUGUCCCUGCAGGCUCUGUCGUGGUGCUGUGAUCACCUCCCCACGCUGGGACAGUGUUACAGGGGCUCAUCUCCAGCCUCAUGCCUGUGGAGGUGCUGGGACCCUGCAGAGAGCUGAGCAGCAGCCUGCUGAGGAGGGGCCGGUGAUCCUGGAGCUGCAGAGGACGUGCACAGGGAGCCUGCAGGAGAGGAGCUCCCUGACCCCUGAGCCAGGCCAAGUGCAGAAGGGGCAGGGCAGACCUCCAAAUCAGGAGGAGAGCUCGGAGCUCCGGGAGGUGUUCGAGGACGUGGCUGUGUAUUUCACACGGAAGGAGUGGGAGCUGCUGGACGAUGAAGACAAGGUGCUUUACCAGGACCAGAUGCUGAAGAAUUACCAAGCCCUCGUUUCCCUGGGAUAUCGAGGUCCCACACCUGACUUAAUCUGCAGCAUCCAGCGAGGACAGGUAGAGCUCUGGGUCUGUGAUGAUGAGGAGAUUGGGGAAAUCUCAACAUCAGAGUACGUGCUGCCAGGAAGUACUAGGCUGCUGAGCAGAGCUGAGGAGCAGCCUCCUGUGGAAGGGUCUGCAGACCUGGAGCCAGCACAGACUUCCUCAGGGAGUUGGGGUGAGAUUGACUCCCUGGGACCUGAGAAGGAGCCAUGGCACGAGAGUCAGGGGAGGCCCCAAAAGCAGAAGGAGAAGGUAGCCAUGAGCCAGGACCGGUGCAUCCACCUAGGGAGGAAGACGCACCACUGCACUGAGUGCAGGAAGAACUUCAUGUGCUUGCAAGACCUGUCCCAGCACAAGUGUGUGCAGCACCACUGCACUAAGUGUGGGAAGAGAUUCAGGCAGCUCUCCAACCUGGCAAGACACUGGUGCAUGCACACAAGAGAGAAGCCACAUCAGUGCUCUGAGUGUGGGAAGAGCUUCGCUCACUCCUUUAGGCUGGCUCAGCACCAGCGUAUCCACAUGGGGGAGAAGCCAUAUAAGUGCUCAGAGUGUGGGAAAAGCUUCAAUCACUCCUCCAACCUGGCUCAGCACCAGCGUAUCCACACAGGGGAGAAGCCACAUCAGUGCUCACAGUGUGGGAAGAGCUUCACUUACUCAUCCAGAUUGGCUCAGCACCAGUGUAUCCACACAGGGGAGAAGCCACAUCAGUGCUCACAGUGUGGGAAGAGCUUCACUCACUCCUCCACCCUGGCUCAGCACCAGCGUAUCCACAUGGAGAAGCGACAUCAGUGCUCAGAGUGUGGGAAGAGCUUCACUUACUCAUCCAGAUUGGCUCAUCACCAGCGUAUCCACAUGGGGGAGAAGCCACAUCAAUGCUCAGAGUGUGGGAAGAGCUUCACUCAGCCCUCCAGCCUGGCUCUGCACCAGCUUAUCCACACAAGGGAGAAGCCAUAUCAGUGCUUAGAGUGUGCGAAGAGCUUUGCUAACUCCGUUAGGUUGGCUCAGCACCAGUAUAUCCACACGGGGGAGAAGCCAUAUCGGUGCUCAGAGUGUGGGAAGAGCUUCAGUCACUCCUCAAAACUAGCUGAGCACCAGCGUAUCCACACAGGGGAGAAGCCACAUCAGUGCUCAGAGUGUGGGAAGAGCUUCACUUACUCAUCUAGAUUGGCUCAGCAUCAGCGUAUUCACACUGGGGAGAAGCCACAUCAGUGCUCACAGUGUGGUAAGAACUUCACUCACUCCUCCACCCUGGCUCAGCACCGGCGUAUCCACAUGGAGAAGCGACAUCAGUGCUCACAGUGUGGGAAGAGCUUCAUUUACUCAUCCAGAUUGGCUCAUCACCAAUGUAUCCACAUGGGAGAGAAGCCACAUCAGUGCUCCGAGUGUGGGAAGAGCUUCACUUUCUCCUGCAGGCUGGCUCAGCACCAGCAUAUCCACACGGGGGAGAAGCCAUAUCAGUGCUCAGAGUGUGGGAAGAGCUUCAGUCACUCUGCCAACCUAGCUCGACACCAGCGUAUCCACACAGGGGAGAAGCCACAUCAGUGCUCGGAGUGUGGGAAGAGCUUCUCUCAGUCCUCAAACCUGGCUCGGCACCAACUUAUUCACAUGAGGAAGAAGCCAUAAUAGUGCUCAGAGUGGGACGAGCUUCAUCUAUUCUUGCCACCUGUCCCAGCACCACUGUAUCCACAUAGAGGAGAAACCACAUUCUUACUCAGAGAAUGGGAAGUGCUUCCUCCAUUCCUCCAAGCUGGCCCAGCACCAGUGUAUCCCUCUCCGGGAGUGUCCAUAAUUCUGCCAGCAAUACAGGAAGGGUUUGGGGAUGUAUACCAGCUCAUCACCCACCAGGUCCUGCAUCCAGGGUUGCAAUCUCAUGCCGGUGGACUGCAGCAACUGAUCACCCUUGUUCAGCCUUUCUAGGGUACUGCAAAACCCAAAGGGCACAGAGGCUGGCCUCCCAGGUUUAAUGCGGAUGAAGGGUUAAAAGGAAACAUCUCAGGAAGAGGCCAGCACAGAUACUGGGGGAACCUGUGAGGAGAUUGUGGAAGAAUACCAUCUCUGUCUCUCCCCAUUUCUGAGGAAGGUGGGAAACCUGCGCUCUCUGCCUACAUGGCUGGCAUCACAUACCUGGGUGGGGGGCUUAAGCUCCCUAUUGUUCCAAGCAAUGCUAACAUGACAGGGAGGGGGUCAGAGCCACUGGAAGUCCAUCCUCUUACCCCUAGAAGUAGUCCUUUGGGAAGGGGGCAACCAGUGAUGCAUUUCAAAUUGGUUGGCUGGCAGCCAACAGUUGCUGGCCUUCAUUGGAUCAGGUAAAUGAGGUCGUAAGUUCUAUAUAAGUUAUGGACUGCUUAGGAGGAGGGGCAGUAGCCAUGAUGAGAACUGAGAGAGAAUCUGGACCAUCUGAAACUCUCCUGAAACUCAUGAUCAAUGAACUGCUUGCCUCCAGAGGGAAUCUUCACCUGCCUCUUUAUGAUACUUUUGAGUAAGCUACUUGAGAGCUACCUAGAUAUAUAGCUUGCAGUAAUGCAGAUGCGUAAUCAAAGGCUGCCAUGCCACUCUCCUCUAUCGGAUUUUUUUUUAUUUUGCUCUACUCUGUACCCUAUUGCAAACCUACUCCUUGUGACCAAUAAAGUUCUCCUUAAUACCUAG